AUGGUCGAGGAGGCCUCCGAAGGGGCCCCACUGGGAGCCCCUGGCCCCCCGCCAACUCAGUCCAACGCAGUGGAGCACCUGUCUGCUGCACGAGUUCUCGUGAGAGAGGCGCAGAACCUGCUGAGGGAGAAGGGGCGUCUCCAUACGGGGGACCCUUCAGUCUCUUUUCACUCGCAACAACUGCAAAGCUUAAUGAACGUUUACCAGCUAUGUGACCAGGCGCUGAUGCAUCUUGAUUUCUGUGGCUUGCCUUUGGGCCCCCUUAGGGGCCAGCACCAGAAUGACUCAGACCUAACGACAGCAGCAAGGAGGAGGCUGCAGCAGGAGCUGCCGGAUGGGAUGGAGAAGGCUGGAAAGGCCCAGGGCUUCUUUGCUCUUGUAACCAUGGCGGAGGCGCUGAGAGCUAUGGGCAACUACGAGGAGAGUCUGCUUUGCUACACUGAGAGCCUGCAGUGGACUGAUGGCUUGUGUGGGGCGACCGGGCAGAUGCGCGCCCUCUUAGCAGCUGCCGCCCUCAUGUCCAACGUGGGCAGACACACGGCUCUGGCAGCCGAAGCUGCGGAAGCGGCAGAGGCUGCCAAAGCUGCUGCUGCCUCUGCUGCUGCUGCGCCUCCCAACCGCAAGGGGAGCGCUGCAUCAGCGUCAGCGGCAACUGCAGCCGCGGUUGGGACAGAGUCAGGUGCUGCAGCUGCGUGUGUUGCAACCCGAUCUGCUGGAGGCGGCAGCAGCAGAAGCUGGAGGCAUCUAAAAAGCCUCAUGUUAUCUCACCACAGGGGCCUUGGCCCAUCUGAGAGGAGGAGCCUCAGGUAUUGUCGGCUUGCGCUGGAGAGUGUCUUGCUACUUUCCCCUGGGCACCCUGAAGCAGCAACAAGACUUGUUAAAGUGCUGUUGCUACAGGGCGACUUCCCUGCCGCUGCAAAGGUGCUGCAGCACAUGUUGCAGAACCAGCUCAACUCUUUUGUUCAUACACCCAGAAAGAUACUAUGGCUCAGAGGACUGCUGCAGGGAGACGCUGCUGCUGCUUCGGCUGCUGCGAGUUUUCUUGCUAACGCCCACAGCCUCACCAACAAGGCCAGUGAAGGCAGCAGCAGCAACACUAUUGAUGCAGCAGCCGAAGCAGAGGCUUACGACAAAGACUUGGCUGAGCAGUUCUUGAAGCAGCAACAGCAGCGACUAAAACUGCAACUUGCCGCUCUAAAAGCUGAGGAUGCUGGUGUAGCUGAAGCUCUGAGGGGAGGAGCGAAGGCGUCCUUCAGGCCCCUGCUCUUGCCUCUGCCCCUAAAAGCUGCCGGCUCAACAUCAGCAGGCUCGAGCAAUGCUGCAGCUACUGCUGGUGCCGAGUCAGCCGCAGACUGUUCUUCUCAGGUUGCACUUGUCUUGGAUGCGUUGAGACACGCAUUUCUUCAGGACAGCCCGAGUGGAGAAGUAAAUCUUGCCCACGCAGCGAGUGCUCCAGCUGUCGUGGUUGCGCGGGACGGCUCCUUGUCGUUGCCUCCAGCAGCAGCAGCAGUAGGAGCGGCGGUUGCCACACCCGCCGAGACGACAGCAACAGUCUCACCGACGGCGGCGCCAAGUGCUGCUGCGCUUGCGCCACCAUCCGCUGUUACGCUGAUUCGCAGUAGCAGCACAAACUGGCUGUGGGGGGGUCCUUGCCUGCAGCAGCAGCAGCAACAGCAGCAGCAGCAGCGCAGCAGGGGGAGGUUGCGGAACGAAAAGCCUCGCCGCCUCAAGUUCCUGCAGGAGAGCGAUGCUUGGCAAUCAAAGACCCCGUUUUCUCUGUGGAAGGCAUGGGGCGCGCUGCUGCGGAUGCCAGCCGCACACCGCGAGGCUGCGUUGAGCAGCCCAGCCUUCGAACACAACGCUGCAAUCGACGUGCUGUGGGGGGACUUCUCGGUGUUUUCGCACCUGUUUGGUGGAUCGGGAGGCGAAGCUGGCACCGCUGCUGCUGCUGCUGCAUCAGGCGGCACUGCCGCGCUGCCUGCAGCGGGCGCUCCUGCCGCUGCAGUUGGGGCAGCAGCAGCGUCAUCGCAGCCCCUUGCAAGAAGCUCUAGUAUCAGAGCGAACGCUGCUGGUGCAGCAAAAGCAGCAGCAGCACAACUCCAGCCAGCCUCAAGUGUGGCGCUGCCGGUAGUCCCCCCCCCAUCCCUUCAGUGGACUUUGUGGCAGCUGCAAACAACCAUCGACUCCAUCUUGGACUCCACAGCAGACAAGCCGGGAGCAGCUGCAGCAGCCAGUAGCAGUAGCAACGGCCAGCCUCAGCCGCUGGAGGAGGAGCUGCUGCUGCAGCGAGACAGGGAGGCGGGGGAGACGGCGCUGCUUCAGCAGUUGGCCGCCUCUUUUGCUGUUUCCUCAGCGCAUCCCCGCAGCGUAGAGAUGUCUCUCCUCCAAUCUGCUCUGAAAGUGGUGGAGACCCUUCUAUCUGCUCAAGGCCUCGCAGGUCGCUGGCCGGAGACGGUUUGGGGUCAGCGGGUGUCUGUACGGUUGAGAGACCUGCUGCAGCUGCUUCUGGGGGUUGGCACAGCGCUGGCGUCUGAACUGCCACCAGUCGGAGCAAAGAAGGAGGGCACGAAAGAGGCAGCAGCCAACCUCGUAACUUCGCUGCCGCCAACAGAGGUCUGGGGCAGACUCUGCCUCGCUGCAACGACCGCAGCAGGACAAACGGCAAAGCAUGCAAGAGCGUUGCAGCAGUUUCUCACGGGGGGCACGGCGGAGCGCGCGGCACUCGCUGUCAUGCAUGCAGCAGCAGUGGCGCUUGACGCACACCCGAAGCAGCAACAGCAGCAGCAGCAGCUUCCGGUGGCAGAGGCGCAGCAACUGCUUGACGUCGCAGCGGAUCUCCUGUACGCAGUUGCUGCUGCACUACAAUACACAAGCAGCGAGAGCGUGACAGCAGCCACUGGAGCAGGAACAGGAGAACCAGUGCGAGCACCAGCAGGAGGAAAGAAGAUGCGGAGCAGGCUGCAACGCGCAAUGGCUUGGUUAAUGCUGCUGCAGCGGCACUCUGCAGCAGCAAGAGGAGAGCUCCCAGCAGCAGCUACUGUUUCUCCGGAAACUGUCACAGACGAUGCAGUUCAACAGGUGGACAGAGGGGAGGGGUCCGCUGCCGCCUUGAGUGCGCUCUUGCUGCUUCUGGACGACCUUAGCCCUCAGCAGGAGCACCAGGAGCAGCAGGAGCGGGAUCAGCAGCAAGAGGUGCAGGAUUUGCUGCCGUCGUUGGACUAUCUGCGAUCGCAGGCUGUUUCUGCGGUGCUUGCUGAAGGCCUCGAGGUCCACGAGCUGCUGCAAUCCGACCCACGCGCAGCAGCUCUUUUUUCCAGCUUGUCCGGUGCAGCUAGACAGCAACCCCAGCCCCAGCAACAGCAACAACAGCAGCAGGAAACGAAGUGGGGGCAAGACUGCGUGCCGGUAGAAGGGGUGCCGUCUGGGACCCUGCGAGCAGAGGUGGAGGCGUCUCUGCUUUCUGCUGUUGCUUCUGCACAGCAGCAGCUCGAUGCCGUAACAAAACGCGUGCAUGCGGAGAUCCACGAGCGAACGGUAGCAGCAGCAGCUGCUGCAAGUGUGGAAGACGACCAGCCGCCGCCGCAGCAGCAGCCACACUGCUCUCAGACUAGCAUUUUGAGUGCAGAGACCCAAGAAGAAGUCUUGUCUCUCAUCCAGGCAUUUGUACCUUUCUUCUCUCGGGUGUCUAGACAGCUGUCGCUCUUAGGCUCUUCCCAGCUAGACUUGAGUUCAGGCCAGGCUCCACCCGCUAUAGAAAUCCACUCCGCCGUGCAUGCAUUUAUUUUGGGGCUGAUUUCUCUCUAUGGCGACAUCUUUGCUGUUUUGGCGCUUCGGGCUGCGCGGUCUCUCGACGACUGCGUCUUCCCUUUUGCAGCAGUCACUGCAGCAGCAGCAGCAGCUGACACAGCAGCAAAGACUCUGCGGGGCUGUCCCUUCCCCUCUUCUGAACUAAAGGAAGAAUUUGUCUUGGGAGUUGUCGCCUCUCUUCCUGUUUUACUCUCUUCCCUGCAAGCCUUCAGAGUUUUUCUUAGCGAAACCCCGGAGGCACCUGCUGCUGCUGCUUCCGCAGCUUCGGCCACCGUACCAGCAACAGCAGCAGGGGGAACAGGGGCGACGGGUGCGCCUACGGGGGCCGCUGACACGCAGCGUCAACAGGUUUCGCAGCAGCAGCAGCUGCAUGGUGCUGCUGUUGCUGCUGCAGUGUCUACUGCGGAGCUUCUGGGGGAAAGUGGAAAGCUGCCUUCUCUCGCUGCUGGCGUUUGCAUGUGGGGUGUGGCUGUGGGUUCCCCGUAUGCACGGUUAGUGGCCCCUUUGUCUCCUCAGCAGAUAGCAGAGGAUCUCAAGCUGAAGCCGGAGAGCAGCAGCGGUGGUGCUGUUGCAGCUCCGGUUCUCGCAACGGCUCUCGGAGCCCCCAUCCCCGUUUCCACAAUAUUUGCUGCUGGAAUCCCCGUGUCUGGCUGCUUCUUGCAUCCCGCUGCAGUGAGGCUUGCUGCAGGCAUCUCGGCUUUCAUUGUUGUGGAGCUCGUUGCAGUGGCUUCUGUUUGCUGCUGCUGCUUCCUCACGGGGGAGACGAAGCGCUUCAGCACGCUACCCAUAGCGGGGCUGCCGGGUGGGGCAGCUGCGGGGGCUUUGAGCAGCGGCUCUUCCGGAGGCGCAGCAGCAGCAGCAGCAGCAGCAGCAGCAGCUGUCACGGCAGCAGUCACAGCACGCAAGGGCAGCCUCUGGAAGGACGUCACGAGCAGCAGCCAAGUCAUCCGUCUGGGGCUCUCAGCUCUGCUGCAGCUGGUUGGCGCCCCCCUGGAGUGCGCCGGCACAGCGGAGCAGCCACAGGUUUCUCAAGGGCCACCGCCGGUGGACUCAGUCAGGGUCCGCUGGCAGCUGCACCCGCUGACCUUCUUGGGACCGACGAACAACCAAGGAGCAGCUGUGGUGGGCGAUGGCACUGCGGGCUUUUGCCCCUCUGCUGUUGGUGCCACGCAGCCCCAGCAGCAGCAGCCUGUAACACCUGGGGCGACUGGCGCUGCGGGAUCAGGCGCAGCAACAGCUGCAGCAGCAGAAGCAACAGCAUCAGGUGGCGUUAUGAUCAAUGGAGGGGGAGGCAGUAGCAUCUUCGAAGCUGCAGAUGAACGCGCAGCUCUCGAUGCCAGUGAAUACGCCUUGAGGCUGUCUCAUUUGCUAUGGGGAGCUGUAGAGGUGGAGGUCGCUGUGAGGGAGCUGCAGGACAUUGGGGCGCAGCAACAGGCUACGGGUGGCUCAUCGGCUGCUGUGAGUGCAGCGGCGGAGAAGGCGAAGGCCGCAGCAGCAGCUGGUUCCGCCCCAGCUGCAGCGCCAGCGAGCAGCAACACUGGAAGCAGCAGCAGCAAGAGCAAGCGCAGUCAGUCGCACUACCCGAAGCCACCCGUGUCGCAGCCGCUGCCACUGCAGGGCCUCCCUGGCUGGCUGACCAGUUGCUACUGGAGUGAGGCGGAGCUGCCGUGGGACCGGACAGACGCCGAGAGGGAGGCAGAGGCUGAGGGGACGCGGGGCGCGAAGCAGGUGGCAGGUGUGGAGCUAUUUCUGCCUCCAGGCAUCGCCACGUCGUGCCUCCCCCUGUCAUGUCUGCUGGUCGCUUUGCGAUGUCUGCGCACUCCGGCGAUACGGCGGUACGAGCGGGAGCUGCGGCCACUGGCUGCGGCUGCGGCUGCUGCGGCUGCGGAGACGGAGGCGCAGCAGCAGGAGCUGCAAGUGAGCAAGGAGACAUUUGCUGCUGUACCCUGCUGCAGAAACGUCUUCAUGCUGCUGCCGCUGGCCGCAAGGCUGAUGUUGCUGUUGCGUGCUGCUACGGCAGCGCCGAGCGUCGCCCCAGGGUACCGUCCUGCUGCUCCGUUGGCUGCUCGGGAUGCAGCAGCUGCUGCAGCAGCUGCAGCGCGGGGCAUUCCUCUGUUGUGGGGCCCCCCUGGGAGCCACGCAGCAGCGGCCGCUGCUGCCGCUGCUGCUGCAGAGGCGAACGGCUGGAGGUGGGAAGCGUCAGAAGUGUAUGAUGUGACAGGAGACAUCUCGUACAAACUGGCCUGCUGCUUCAUGCUGCUGUACGGACAGCCUCUGCUACCGCGGCAGCCUCCUCCUCUCGACAAGCUUACCAUACAGACGACAAAGGAGAAGCUCAAGAACACCUUCAUCGAGGUCUCCCUCCCCACAACCAUGCUCGGGGUGUACAUACACCGCAGCGUGCAGAGGUGCACUGGCUGGAGUCUGCAUGAGAACUUGCAUGCUGCGUUUCCAUACGCUUUGGCUGUUUUCCGUGUUUUUGACUUUCUUCUGCACUCGCUGCUAGUACCAUCUCGGGAGACGCGGGAGUUCGCACGCUUUGCCGUGACUGCUGCGGACUUGUUCUGUUUCAACAGCAGCAAACCCCCGGAAGGCAGCAGGCCAUCCUCGGUGCCUCCAUUCCUCACAGACUACAGCAGCAAUAGCAAGGGGGUUGGAGGCGGUGGGUGCAUCUGUUGCAGCGGGACGGGGGACAGUUUGUGGGAGUGUGUUGGGGAGCCGUUAGCUGCACCGCCUUAUCUCCGGCGUUUUUUGAUUGACUCAAAUGGUGUUGGGUCGGUCUCUCCUUUCAUCCUGGCUAACAACCCGAAUAGGCACUGCUGCCUCCCGACGCUGCUCUCUGUCUGCAGCUACACGCGCGCCCAAGAGCUCACACUGCUUCCGCCCGCGCCCAAAACCCACUUCCCCUUUUUCCUGCAAUUCAUACCCAAGCAGCAGCAACAGCAGCAGCAACAGGAGCAGCAACAGCAGUUGGAGCUGCGUCCCGAUCGCAUUGCUCUCACACCUCUUUCGCUGCUGCAGCAGCACCACGAUCAGAUGCAGCAGCUACUACAGCAGCAGGCUGCGCUCCUCCUGCUGCUGCUUCCGCCACCCGUACUGCAACUGCUGCGACGCCAGUCGCUCGCCGCAGUAGGGGGGCGGCUGCCUCGUCUGCCUCUGCUCGAAGCAGCCUUUCAUUUGCGCCCUGCUGCUGCACCGUUUGCUGCUGUAAUAGGGGCGUCAGAUUCUGUUGCUGCUGCUGCUGUGGAGCUGCUAGCAUCACGCCCCACACAUCUGCUGCCAGCAUCACUGCGACAGUACCCGCUGCACCUGCUGCUGCAGCUUCUGCAGUCGCAGAGGGCAGCUGCUGCUGAGGUUGAGGCCCUUGAGCGCCUAGGUCUUGCAGCAAGAGCAGCAGCAGGCGGGCCCCCAAACAAUCCGUUGCUGUGGGAGGCUCUGCAUGCCGUGCUUCUGGAGCUGACACUGCUACUGUCGGACCGCUUCGCCUCGACAGGGGGCUGGCAGCAGCAACACCAGGAGGAGCUGCAACAGCGGAAUUUGGAAGGGGUGGUUGCAGAGGGGGACAAAGUGCCAUCUGCCUUCGUGCUGUUACUUCUAUUUGCGCAAGCGCAUCUCGCAGCGAACGUGGCUGCUGAGCUGUGGCGCCGCUUCUUGCAGCUCAAUCGCAGCAUUGCAAAGGGAACAGGAGCAGGAGGGGCAGCAACUGAAUGGAAGACGUGUGAGGUGCUGCUCGACACAGUUAAAGCCUUCAGCCCAAAACACCUCGCUGGAGCUGAGGCGGAGUGGUCCUACCUUGCAGCAAAGACAGACGCGCUGCUGUUGCUGUUGCUGCAGUUUUCACACUUCAACCCGCCCUCCGUGGGUGCACCAGCACUAGCAGAUUCAAGCGGAGGUGGUGACAACGACGCUGCAAUGGCAGAAGACGCGGCUGCAAGCAGUAGCAACAGCAGUAGCUCCUGCGGCGGGACGUUUGCUGCUGCGGACGCUGCGCUGCAGCACGCGCAGUGGUGGCGGCGGGUGGGGGAUUGCCGGCGGUUGUCUUCUUUGUUUUGUCUAUCUUCUCUGUCGGGAAAGGGGGAGGAGUUGAGCGAGAGGCAGCAGCAAGUGAAGCAGCAGCGCGGGGUAUCCGUGCACCUGUCCGCGCGGCAGUUGUCGUCUCUGGCUGCUAGCAGCGCAGGAAGCAGCAGCACGAAGAAGGACGUUCAGCUGCUCUUCGGCUUUGCCGUAGAAGCAAGUCGUCUUCUGUCCUUCGUGUUCAGCGGUGUUGUUCCCCAGGCAGGCAGCCGGGCCCCUUCAGAUUGGGUAGGCCUACUUCAGCAGGAAGAGGAGUUGGGCUGUCCAGAUACCUUGAGGGACUCCUUGAGUUUGUCGGCCCCCUUUAGCCGAGCGAGGGAGUGGGCCGAACCGCCUGCCUUCUUUUUUUCUCUGCUGCUAAUUCGGGCGAAGUGCUUUCGCCGGAUUGCUGCAGUUGCUGCUUCUCCUCCUGCAGCGCCAGAUGCGCGCAGCAGCGACGCAGCUACUGCAGCAUCGGUGGCUGUUGAUACAGUUGCUGAUGCAGCCGAAAAGUCUUAUCCCCAGCCUGUGCCGGACCUUGCUGCCCUUACUGCAGCAGCAACUGCAGCAGCAGGAGGCGGUGCCGCUGCAGUAGACAGCAGCAGUACUGCGCCCAACGGCGACACCAAAUUGGAGUCGUCCCAGCGUCCUCCAGCAGGCGAGGCAGCAGCAACGCCAGUAGCGGCAGCAGGACCUGCGAAGCCUGCUGUCGCUACAACUGUUAGUAGUCUGCACGCAAUUGCAUUGUGUGAUGCUGCUGACGCGCUGCUCAUCUCCUGCAUACAGGCCUUCGGGGCCGACAGCAUAUUGGCGGGAGAGGGCCGGAGCCCUCCGGUUGGUCCUUGUUCUCCCCGCAGCAGCAACCACGUACAGCGCAACUCGGACGGCAGCAGUGGCAGCAAAGGCAACCUCAGCGGCCCUAGGGGUGCAGGACCAGAAGAAGGCCGUCGUUUCGUGUCCUCCCAGGUAUCUCUGCAGCUGUACUUGGAGCAUGCAGGCGACAUUGAAAGCCUCGUUGAGGCCGACGGCGACAUCAUGCCUAUUGUGCUACCCCUCUACCGGCUGCAUGCCAUGAGGGUGCGGCUGCUGCUGCAGUCAGGGGGCAGACUAUGGCGCCUCGCUGCUCUCUUCCCGUGGAAAUACGCGCGGCAGCAGCAACAGGAAGAGACGCUGGUGGCUCUAGAUGCGGCGUUGUACAUGUGGAGAACUGGCAAAGUCGAGUCUCUGCUGCAGCAACAGCAACAGCAACAGCCAGUGCUGCCUGGCGAUCAUUUGCUACCGCUGCAGAGCGCAGCAGAGGUGAUGAAAGACGCUGUGGAUUGUCUGCAGUAUCUCGCUGCCAAGAGGCAGCUGAGUUCUUGGGCGUCUGCUCCUCGUUGCCUGCUGGCACGGCUGGCUCUGGCUGGCGGGGAGUUUGGGGCUGCAUGCAAACAAAUUAAACAUCUGUUUUCGCGGGGGUCAAUGCGGCUGGCGGCCCCGGAUUCGUGGAUGAGCAGCCACUAUCAGGCCUUCAGAGCUCGGAGGCGCGGAUUUGACUACCGGCGCCUCAAGAUUUGUUUUCUUUUGCAGGACACCGUCCGCGGCCUUGCCCAGGGGGCACUCGCUGCUGCAGAGGAGGGCAAGCAGCAGCAGCUGCAACAGCAGCAACAGAAGAAGAAGCAGGAACAUCAGCAAGGCGUGGUGCUGCCAGAGGGGUGGGUGUUUGGCGGUGUUGAACGAAUCGAACGGCUGGACGAGCUGCAUGCAGCGAUGAAGAUUUUAGCGGAGACAUUAGACGUGCAGCUGAAGUUGCUGCGUCGCCUGCAACAGCGGUUGCAGCAGCAGCAGCUGCAGCAGCAGCAGCCGCAGCAGCAGCAGCAACAAGAGGCGGUAGAUGAUGAGGUGCGGCUCACGAGCAUGCCGCUGCAGCUGAAGGUCAUUGAGGUCCUGAUGAGCGCAGCAGCGGAGGCCUUCGGCGCCUUGACAGAAGCUACACCCGAAGUGCUGGAUAUGAGUGAAAUGCGCCAGGCGAUCAGCAUCAUGUUUCCUCAGAACGAGUUGCCUCCGGCGGAGCUUCAGUGUACGUACACGCCGGAAACGGCGGCACUGGACAAGCGCCUCUUGGUGUUUCUCCGAGACAUCGUCUCGUGCACGCGAUCUUGUCUGCUGGAUUUUUCAGAGGGGGGAGAGGGCGAGGUACUGCAGCAUGCUGCUACUGAGGGGCUGCUGCAGGCGGUGGAGGAGCGUUUUGUUCAGCUUGACGCCAUCUUUGUGGCUGCAUGCAAGAAGCUGCUAUACUGGAAUCCUGCGGCGUCGCAGCAUGCCGUCAGCAUGCGCCUCAGCCUGGGCCAGCAGGUCCGCUGCAGCAGCCAGAUGCGGGACAUAGACGACGGGAGAGAAGCUCAAGCAGCGCUGCAGAGAGCGCUCCGAGCAGACGGUUCGCUGGGGGCUACAGCUGGACGAGGCAGAGGAAGAGGCAGAGGGGCGUACGGCGGCAGGGGAGGGGCGGCAGCAGCACGCGCACAAGCAGCAGCAGCUGCUGCCGGUGCUACUGGCGCUGCUCCAGGUGCGGCUUCUGUACCCACGGCUCCUACACUACCCACAGCUGCACCUGCUGCUGCUGCUGCUGCGGCGGCGGCGGCGGCCACCACACGGGGCGCCAGCAGGCAGCAGCGGAGAGCCGCACGCAGCCAGAAAAUGGGGGGGGAGUAUUUCGAGGGACAUAUUUCUGAUGGAGACCAAAUACGCAUUGCAGAAGACAACUCGCAGCAACAGCAACAGCGGCAGCAGCAACAACAGCAAGUUCAACAACAGCAGGUGCAACAGCAACAGCGUAGACAGACCCAACAGCAACCGCAACAAGACAUCCACAAGCAGCAACGUUUGCCUCAGCAAGAGCAACUGCAACAGCAACAAAUUCAUCAGCAACAGCUUUUGCAGCAACAGCUGCAACAGCAGCAGUUGCAGCAACGGCAGCUACAGCAACAGCAGGCACAGCUGCAGCAACUGAGGCAGCCACACGCGCAAAGUAACCAGCAGCUGCAGCAACAGGCGCAACAGUUGCAGCAGCAGGCGCAACAACAGCACCUGCGCCAGCCACAGUUGCAAGCACAACAGUUGCAGCAGCAGGCGCAGCAACUGCAGCAGCAGCUGCAGCAACAACAGCAGUUACGAAGCGUGCCAGCCCAGUUGCAGCAGCAGUUGCAGCAGCAGCAGCUACAGCAGCAGCUACAACAGCAAGUCCAGCAACAUCAGCUGCAGGUGCAGCAGUUGCAGCAGCCUCAACUGCAACAACAUCAGCUGCAACAACAGCAGUUGCAGCAACAGCAGCUGCAGCAGCAUCAGUUGCAGCAACAUCAGCUGCAGCAGCAGCUGCUUCAGCACCAGCUGCAGCGGCAGCAGCAGCUCCAGCAACAACAGAGGCAGCAACCGCUCCCAACACCUCAGCUGCACCAACAGCUGCUGCUCCAGCAGCGGCAGCAACAACUAUUACUGCAGCAGCGACAGCAGCAGCUUCUGCAGCAGCAGCAACUUCUGCAACUUCAGAAAUCCGGACUGACGGGUAAAGAGCCGCAGGCAGUCGGCGCUGCAGCACAGUUGCAGCAGCAGCAGCUGCAGCUGCAGCGCCAUUUGCUGCAACAGCAGCUGCUGCAGCACCAACAGAUGCUGCAGCAGCAGCAGCAGCAGCUUCUGCAGCACCAGCUGCAGCAAGGUGCCGCGGACAAGCGUAGUGCUGCCUGGGUCUCACCAGGGGAGCAACAGCAGAAGAAACAAAAAGGGGAUGGUGAGGGAAACAUCAGCAGCAGCAGCAGCGGCGCUCCAGCCGAGGCUCAGGAAGUGCAGCAGCAGUAA